AUGAUGUGGCGCCUACCUGUGGCCAUCCUCCCGCUGGGCCUGGGUUUGGAUGGUGGGCGCCAUAACGAUGAGGUGACGGCGGCGCGGACCGGGUCCUCGCUGCGCCGCGGGCAGAUGCCGAGGGGCGUGCCGACUUCAAUGGACACCUCUCUGAGUCUGGGUUCGGGACGGCGCCGUUCUCAGCGGGGGUUGGGAUGACGUGAGGUGGCUGGAAGAGCUCCGGGAACGACUCAGGUAAAAGCGCAGGCAGUGCCGGGGACGGACUCGCAGUUCCACCUCCAGUAACUGCCGCCCAGAAGCUGAGGACCCGGACCUGUCGCUUCAGGCCCCAAGGCCUUCCGGGAAAUAGAGUCUGGAGCAAAAUCACACACGGAUUGGUCAGUUGUUGGGUAAAGGGCGGAACAAUGGAGGAAAAUCCUCUUAUGAUUGGUGAAAACAUGUUGCAGUCUGGACGUCAGAUUUGAGAGUGACGGAAGGUAGGGCACCUCUUCUUUCACUGGUUAAAGCGUCUGAGAGGCGGAGCUAACUAGCAAACUGGGCCUACCGCUGAAGAAGCUAAGAAACUGAGGGAAGCACACCUGUGACGCGCUUCCGGCGCUCUAAGAGGGGAAAAUGGCUGCGCCCCAGCAGCAGGCUUCGGCGGCUUCCUCAGCUGCUGGUGUAUCGGGUCCGGGUUCGGCUGGUGGCCCAGGUCCCCAACAGCAGCAGCAACCGCCGGCACAAUUGGUGGGACCUGCCCAGAGCGGGCUCUUGCAACAACAGCAACAGGACUUUGACCCUGUACAGCGCUAUAAGAUGCUCAUCCCGCAGCUGAAGGAGAGUCUGCAGACCUUGAUGAAGGUUGCAGCCCAGAAUUUGAUUCAGAACACUAAUGUUGAUAAUGGACAGAAGAGCAGCGAUGUACCCUUACAGCGCUUUGACAAGUGCCUGGAGGAGUUCUAUGCGCUCUGUGACCAGCUGGAGCUCUGCCUGCGCCUGGCACACGAGUGCCUGUCACAGAGCUGUGACAGCGCCAAGCAUUCUCCAACGUUAGUACCUACAGCCACCAAGCCUGAUGCCGUGCAGCCUGACAGCCUGCCAUACCCACAGUACCUGGCCGUCAUCAAAGCCCAGAUAGCUUGUGCCAAGGACAUUCACACCGCCCUGCUGGAGUGUGCCAACAAAGUUACAGCAGGAUACAGGAUCUCGAAUACAACUGAAAAUUCUCUGACCCUGUCUGACCAGCAAAGCCCACCAGCUUCCAGGCUGAGGACACACCACAUGUACUGACAGAUUUGUCAGUACAUGGGCACCUAUGCAAGAAGACAGACACACAAGUGAGCGUGACGUGGAGCAGGGUGCAUGCCAGCCGGCGUCCCAUCAGGAGCGCUGUUGACGUCAGGCACCAAA